GCCUACAGAGAAUACAGAACAGUGGGGGAAGGCUUGAGUUGCAAGUUGCUGAAGUGGAAUUGCAGGGUUCAACCAAGCAGCCAUCCUUUUGGCCAGCCAGGCUCUGGACGAGGAAAGGAGACUCCGGAAGGCAGUUUUCAGCAGCAGACAGAAGGAGGCAAGCACUGAGUUGUGAGAAGAAAGCCUGAGGCAAGGAGUGGAAUCCAGGCCCAUCCUCCUACACACAGUUCAUCAGGGUCUGGGAUCUGCUCUCUCUUGGCAUUGCCUGGUCAGGCCAUGGCUCAGGUAUCUGACACCUGGGGCCCAGAGUCACAGGCUAGGAAACUCUAUACACUUGGGCCCCAGGUCGCAGCUUCCAGCCACAGCAAGCAAACAGGACUUCUGAAGGAGGAAGCGGGUCUCCAGAGCCCACUGGCAGGGGGACUACUUCUGGGGAGAAAGGAUCAUCUGUUGCCCAGAUUCUCCUCCACUCAAGGAUUAUGUUUAUCUGUGACCAUGCUCCUACUAGCUCCUGGCCUCCUGCCCUUCCUGCUGGUGAUAAGCACAGGGGGUUCUGUGCCCAGCCCUGGGGCCAUGCCCCAGGGUUGCUACAUAGCGGAAGAAGCUGGCGAACAGACAUUCCGCUGCAGCCAGGCUGGCCUGAGUGUGGUGCCCAGUGGCAUCCCCAACAACACCCGAAAGCUUUACCUGGAUGCCAACCAACUGGCAUCAGUGCCAGCGGGUGCCUUCCAGCACUUGCCUGUCCUAGAAGAAUUAGACCUGUCUCAUAAUGUCCUUGUCCACCUCUCAGGGGCUGCUUUCCAGGGCCUAGAAGGUACUCUGCGCCACCUUGAUCUCUCGGCCAACCAGCUAGCAUCCGUGCCUGUGGCAGCCUUCAUGGGGCUGCAGAUCCAAGUGAACCUGUCUGCCAACCCAUGGCGCUGCGACUGUGCCCUACAGGAAGUGCUCAGGCAGGUGAGGUUAGCUCCAGGCUCUGGGACAGGCAUCGUGUGUGGUCCAGGAGCCCGACCAGAUCUCGUGGGACAGGAGUUCCUUCUGCUGACUAGGGAGGAAGAGCUGUGUGGCACCGGACGAGGUGGGACCCGAAGGAGCACUGAUGUGGCCCUGCUAGUUACCAUGGGGGGCUGGCUGACACUGGUAGCGGCUUAUCUGAUCCACUAUGUGUGGCAGAACCGGGACGAGACCAGGCGCCCCCUCAAGCGGGCUCCUGCGCAGCCCGUGCGCUCAGAGGACUCCUCUACCCUCAGCACGAUGGUCUGAUGACCGGGAGCGCUCUGCGCUCUUGGUCCUAUGCAUUAGCCUUUCUUCUACCGCUACCACAUCCCUUGCCCCAUCUGCCCUCUAUCUUUCCUGACCUCCUCAAUGCCUUCUCUGGUGCACUCUUGUGUGGGGGUUGUGAGGGCGGGGGUGGGGGACGGCAGAAUAAACAACCAUCUCAGUCGGCAGCAACUCAAAGGGAGAAGACAACAGCUUAGGAGCAUACUGGAAAAGCUUGAGCCUGGCAAGCUACAGGUGACCCCAGAGGCCUGGCCAUACAGAUGUGGGUAAUGACUCUAAAGACGGCUUUGAGGGGGGCUGGGGAGAUGGUUCAGACAGUGAAGAAUCUAUCCUGCAUGAGGACCUGAGCUCAGCUCUCUGGUACCCACUUAAAAGCUGGGCACAGGGUGGGGUAACCCCAGAGCUGGGGGUGGGAGAGAGACAAACAGAUCCCUGGAGUUCAUUGGCCGGUCAGCCUAGCCAACAGGAAGCUCCAGGCUCAGGGGGCAACUGGACACCGGCCUGAAAUCACGGGGAGAGCAAUUGAGGAAGGUAUUUAAUGUCAUCAACCUCCAGCCUCAGUUGCACCUACAUGAACAUGUACACAUACCACGUAAACACACAUCCACCCAAAAUGAGGAGUUGGGAAAGCAAAGAGGAUGUACAAAAGAAAGGAUAACAUGAGAAGACUUGGAGCCUAUGGGUGAAAACCGUGGGAAGGGGGAGGGGAUGGUGGGAGCAAUCUGGGAAUAGGAACAAAAAGCAAGCAUGUAGCCAUAUUGAGAAGGGCCUCUGGGUUCUCCCUGCCUCCUCUCCUCCACCUUUUCUUGUUUGUUUUGUGUUUUCAAGAGUGUUUCCUGUGUAACUCUCCCUGUCCUGGAACUCACUCUGUAGACCAGGCUGGCCUGGAACUCAGAGAUUCGCCUGCCUCUGCCUCCUGAGUGCAGGGUUUAAUGGCGUGGGCCACCACUGCCCGGCCUUACCUCUCUCUUGUCCUCACAAGGAUUCCCUGUGCCAUGGUCCCCUAUUUCUUUUCCAGAAUUUCCCUGUCCCUCUGCCCUC